GCCAGCUUCACCAUUCGUACGUAACUGCAAGCAGCACCUCUCCCAACUCCCCUGCAGCUAGCUAGCUUCCGGCGCCUCUUCCAUAGGUCCUGCGAAAAUGCCCGCGCUGCUGGUGAAGGCUCUGGCCGCCCUCUUGGCAAUGGCCGCCGUGGCCGAGCUCGCCGCCGCCAAGAACUACACGAUCCAGUGGUCCGUCAGUGGGAACUACGGCGACUGGUCGUCCAACAACGCCGUCAGCGUCGGCGACACCGUCGUGUUCACGUACGGGCCGCCGCACACCGUCGACGAGCUGCCGUCGGAGGCGGACUACAAGGCGUGCAGCUUCGACAACUCGGUGUCGUCGGACCAGAGCGGCAGCACGGCCGUCACGUUCGACAAGGCCGGCACCAGGUACUUCGCGUGCGCCGCGGCGUCGCACUGCAGCCAGGGACAGAAGGUGGCCAUCACGACCGCCGGCGCGGGCGCUUCCCCGGCGCCUAAGCCCAAGGAGAACUCGGCAGCGACGGCGAUGGCCGGGCUCGCGGUGAAGCUGGCGCUUGGCCUUGGCGUCGGAGGCGCCGUGCUUGCUGCCUUCUAGUUCUGAGCGCUUGGUUCUCGGAGCUCUGGUCCGUGGUUCAACUCGUGCUUGCUGUGUGUCCAGUUAGUCAGCUCUUCAAUAUGCUGUCAUUCUGUGUGUGCGUCCCCUGUUUGCUUGAGUAUUUUUCAGCGAAAGAAGUGUUUUCCUCUUACAACAUUUCAACAUCAGGAUAAGCCAAAUUUUAGCGAAACGAACAGGGAACAAACAGGACUUCAUGAGACUGAAUUUUCAUUGGAAAGCAAA